AUGACCACUCCACGAAGUGAUGCAAGUAAUGCGAGAAAGCGUAAUGCUAGAAAGAAACGUGACAAAAUUAUAAAGGAUAAAGACAAAAAGAUCGAGUAUUACAGAAAAAAAUCCGAGAAGUAUAGGAAGAGAUUAGAACGUUUGGAAAAAGCUAAGACAAAGAAAAAUAAGUCAGCGCGUCAAUCGGGUUUAGUACCCAAGCUUCGGACUCGCAAAGACAAAAUUUCAUCUGAUUGCAUAAACACUGUACGAACCUUCUACGAAAAUGAUGACAACAGCAGACUUGGCGCAGGAAAACGAGAAUGCCUGACCAGAAAAGGGGUUAAAAAACAGAAAAGAUAUCUAUCGGAUAGCAUUGGAAAUUUAUACAAGAAGUUUCAAGCUGAACAUUUUAAAAUAAGCUACCCAACGUUUUGUCGUCUACGUCCUUUCUGGGUCAUAACACCAAAUGUAAACGAACGUAACACGUGCCUCUGCAUUAAGCACGCGAACAUCGAUCUGAAACUGUCAGCAUUGCACAGAAGAAGAAUUUUGACUUACAAUAGUCACACUGCACUGCUUGAAAAGACAUGUUGUAAUCGCUAUGACGAGCUAUGUUUGUCACGAACCUGUCAACGCUGUAUUGACAAAAAUCCUGACUACAGGGAGUUUGAUGACAGCAAGCCUAUUGAAUUUAAACAAUGGAUAUCUGAGAAACAAACUUACAACGACCCCAAGACCAAGAAUGCUCGAACAGUUACCAAAUACCUAAAGAAAAUGUUCACGACCCGUUCAACAGAAACAAAACGAUGUUACAUCCUGGCAUCAAGGCUUCAACAAGAGGUUUCAAAUGUGAAGAAGUACCUGGAACUUCAGAGAGUCGUCGCUACAGGAGGUGAUAUUGAUAACUUGGAAUCAUUUGUAGAGGCCAUUCAACGAAGAUGUUCCGCAAUUACCUUGUUCACAAUCGACGAUAAAGCCAUCCAAGAAUUGACAGACGGCCUUCAAAAUGAAACAGUUAAUUUAAAAAGCUUUAAUGGCACUCUUAAAAUACAUCAAGUUAAGGCUGAAAUAUUAAGAAGUCCUCUGGAAUCAGCUCCAAAAGCCGCUAAACUCAUAAUGAACAGUUUAAGUUGCACUUGUGAAAACGAGUGCCAGCAUUUCAAUUUAGGAGUGUUAGAGUACAAAAACAAGACAAAACUUAACGUAGAUGAUAUUUACACAGACUCUGAAAGUGAAAACAUGGACAACUCACAGAAUUCCACAAUGGAAACCGAAGACGACGGUGCACUGGCUGGACCUAGUUCAAUCAACCAACAGAAUUACACCAUCGGUGAUUACGUCUUGGUUAAAUUUCUAGUAAGAAAUACUGAAUACUGUUAUGCUGCAGUAAUCAAUAAGAUAGACACGGAAGAAGGCGAACUAACAGUAACCUUCUUAAAAAUUUGUGAUGACAAAGGACACACAUUCAGAAUCGAUGAAAAUGAUGUUUCUGAUGUGCCCUUUGACCAAGUAAUAAAGAAGUUGCCAAACCCAGAUGUUGCCCUAAAAGGGAAACGAAUAUUUUAUUAUUUUAAUAUACCUGUACCUGUUUUUGAGAAAUAA